GCACAUUGCCACGGCUUGCACGGGGCCGUGCUUAUUAUAUCGAGGGAAAAUAUAGAAAAAGAAGGAUGUGAAACAUGAUCAGCUUUGCCCUUUUGGCGGUCACACUGCUUAGAUUUUUUUAGGGCAAUUCGUUUUGGAUUUAUUGGCGUUUACCGCUGAAUGUGUCACGAAUAUCGAAAACAAAACCAACUUGACCCCGCUCGGAACUGACGUCACGGGCACAGUGUAAACUGUUGAGAUGAUCCAUGGUAACAGAGUCAGUGCAGCAACACCGCUCGCACAGACACACGCACGGGGACCGACAGAAAUGCCUCGAACCUGGAUCGCACCUGCAGCGGUUCUUGCUUCCUACAGACGAGCGGCGCUCGGACGCGCGUUAGACGCGACGUCGGCCUUUUAAACGCGACGUACCUGCCAGGAAUCCAAAACAUUUGAUGUAUUGCUUCUAUAAAUCUACUGUACGUUCACAAGAAGCAAGGAAACCAGCGACAUGUGUGGUUGAACUGCUUCUCAUCGCAGCGCCUUCGCUUAUUUCUUACAGACUCCAAUACGAGCAGAUGAUUUUAACCCGGAUGAAAUAAUGACUCUUGUGGAUUAACGCCUUCUUUGUCACUCCAGUUUUUGCUUUGUCGUGUUUGAAGGAUCAUCUGCCUUUACCAUUUGCCAUUACAGUCUGUAUAUUACAGCCAUAUUAAUAUAAUAUCGUGAAGAUGGCGACUGGAGCGGGCUGGCAGCAUUACUACAACCCCGCUAGCAGCGCUUCGACGGGGAAAUAUAACAGCUCCUCCACUUCUACAUCCACCAGCACGUCCUUCCCAUCCGGUUUAUCCCUCGAAUACACGCAGGACCUCCAUCUGAAGAUGAGCAAGAAGAUAGCACAGCUGACCAAGGUGAUCUAUGCCCUCAACACCAAGAAUGACGAGCACGAAGCGGCCAUCCAGACCCUGAAGGAAGCCCAUGAAGAGGAGGUGCAGCAGAUCCUCUCGGAAACACGGGAGAAGAUCAUGCAGUACAAGAGCAAGAUCAGCGAUGAGAUGGACUUGAAGCAGCGCAUUCAGUCUCUGGAGGAGUCCAUGGAGCUGCACGAGCGGAUGAAGCGCCAGGCCCUGGCAGAGUUCGAGACGUACCGUCAGAGGGUGGAGGACAUGCAGCUGUGUACGGAGGCGCAGCACACUCAGCGCGUGGUCACCAUGUCCCGAGAGGUGGAGGAAAUGCGACGCUCUUUCGAGGAGAAGCUCCGCUCCUUUGGACAGUUGCAGGCCCAGUUUGAGCAGGAGAAACAGCAGGCUCUUGAGGAUCUACGUGCUUCACAUCGGCAGGAGGUUCAAGAACUGCUUCGUUCACACCAAAGCCAGAAUGCCAACUACAGCAAAGACCAGGAGAAACUGGGACAGCUUCAUAAAGCGGAGGUGGAUUCACUUACCGAAAGGGUAGAGGAACUGAAACAGGACAAGAAGCGUCUGGUGGAGGAGUACGAGGCCAAGCUAAAUAAAGCCCAGGCUUUCUAUGAACGGGAACUGGAGGCCAUGAAGCGCACGCAGCAGAUGACCGCAGAGAACCUACUGGCCUGGAAGAAGACCGAAGCGGAGCUGAGGAAGGAGUUCCAGGCGCAGGAAGCGGCGCUGCAGAAGACUCUGGGGAAGCUGCGCAGUGAACUGCAGCGGGUCCAGGAGGAGGCCAGGGAGAGCAGGGAGAAAUCCCACAAACUGCAGGCCUCCCUCAUUGCUGCGGAGAACAACAUCAAGGAGUUGCAUAAACAGUUGGAGGAGGUGACUAAGGACACGGAGAUCGUGGAAAUCAGGCAGAGGGAGUCUGAGUGUGAGCUGGAGGCAUCCAGAGACCGAGUGCAACAGCAGGCCACAGAGAUCCUGCUCAAAGCUAGUCAGAUCGGAAGCCUGCAGGCCACCCAGAUGACUCACGAGGCGGUCAUUCGGGAUCUGGAAUCGGAAAAGUCUCGUCUGAAGGACAAGGUGUUGCGUCUGGAGGAGGAAAGAGGGGCGCUGCAGAAGAAAUGUCAGACGCUGGACGAGAGGCAGAGACAGCAGAUCCUCUCCCUGGAGAAGUCACUUCGAGAAGAAAAGCAGAUCUAUGAGAAGGAGCUCAUGAACUUGCGUGCCAAAUAUGAAGAGGACACUGCUCACUUUAAGGAUACCCACAGCCGGGCGCUGGACGAGAUCUCCAGGAAGCACCGGGCAGCUCUGGAGAACACACAGAGCUUCUCAGAGAAAGAGAAGAACCGACUCCUGUCCGAAAUGGAGGAACAGUUCGAGAAGGAACGUAGUUCUCUAGAGGAACAGAAGAGCCUUUUACGAGAGGAACUGGAAAGUCUUCGAGAGGAGCUCACAGCCAAACUCAGCCUGGCCAACAGUGAGGUGAGUCGACUCCAGGAGCUGAUGAAGCAGGGAGAGCAGGGACUCAGUUCUGCUGAGGGACACAUCUCCAAUCUGAAGGAUGCCCAGAAGAAGCUUCUAGAAGAGCUGGAUGCCACGCGAGCCAGACUCAGAGAGACCAGCAAUCUUUUAACAGCCCUUCAGGGAGAGAUGGAGGCUCAGAAACAACAGCACGAUGCCAAACUCAUCACUACCAAAGAGGAAGAGAAGCUCAAAAUGGAUAAGAUGGCCCUGGAGCUCGAGCUGAAGUGGACCGAGACGCUCAGGCAAGAGUGUAAGAAACUGCGUGAGGAGCUACGUGAAGAGCAUGAGGAGAAUAAAAGGUCAGCGCUCACUCAGCUGGCACAGAAUAAAGACCAGGAGAUGUGCUCCGCCAGAGAGAGCUGGCAGAGGAAGGUGGAGGACCUUCUGGAGCAGAUUUCCUUGCUGAAACAGAGCCUGGAGAUGCAGCUUUCCCAAUCCCAGCAUUCCCUGCAGCAGCUGCAAGCUCAGUUCAGUCAGGAGCGAGAGCACCUGGGACAGCAGCUGCAGGAGAUGGAGCUGGAGCAUCAGCGCAGGGAGCAGCGGCUGCAGGAAGCCCACUGCUGCGCUAUGCAGGACAUGCAGGAAGCCCGCCAGCACGACCUCAAGGAGCUCGAGGAGCGUCUACGGCAGCAGCACCACAUGGAGCUUCAGACUCUGCGGGAGGCUCACAGGCAGAACAUUGAGACUCUGAAACAGCAGUCAGAGCAAGAACUGCAGACCCUCCGCUUCGAACUGGAGGAUGAGGGCAAGGCCAUGCUGGCAUCCCUGCGUUCCGAGCUGAACCAUCUUCACGCAUCAGCCAUUGAACAUAUGCGUCAAACCCAUCAACAGGAAACCGUGGCUGCCAAACAGGAACUGGAGAAUGCUCUGGAAAAGAGCAGAGUAAAGGAACGUGAGCUUUUGAGUCGCAUCUCAGAUCUGCAAGAGGAGGUCAGUCGCAGGAAGAAGCACAUUGCCGAUCUGGACCACGAGAUUCACACCCUGAACGAGAACAUUAGCACUUUGACCAAAGAGUUGGAGCUCAAGGGCAAAGAGGUUUUGAAGAUCCGUAGCGAGGCCAAUCAGCAGAUUAGAGCUCAUGAGCAGGACCUGUGUAAGAAACACGAGCGGGAGAUGGCCGAGCUGAACGCUCUUCAUCACAGAGAAACACAGAACAUGCUGUCAGACUUCAACAAGGCCCAGGAACUGCUGAAGGACAAGAUCUCUGCCCUGCAGAUCCUGUUGGAGGGAACAGAAGAAAAAUUCCGGAACAGAGAGAGCAGGCCCGAAGAUCUGCAGACAAUAGCUGAACUGAAGGAUAUGGUGUCCGAGAGAGAGUCUUUGGUCAAGAAACUGGUGGAUGAUAAAAAGUUUUACCAGCUGGAGCUUGUCAACAGAGAGACCAACUUCAAUAAAAUAUUCAACACAAACCCAAAUGUUGGUGUCAUUAACCCUCUUGUCAAGCAAAAGCGAAAGAACGACAAAUCAGCCACCCGAUUCAGCAGCUCGGCCAAUCUUAGGGCCAAUGUGGAGGCUUCCGGGACAGGGAGCGGCCAGUCCCAGCCCAACCGCCUCGAGCCCAUCCCUAACUCCCCCAUUCACCAACUGGAGCCUAACACGAGCAAACCCCUGCCCCCACCUAUCCCUCUCACCGAAGCCAAGAAAUUGACGAGCCCUCCUGAAGGAGAGGAAUCACCCAUCACCUCUCCAGACUCCCAGAGACAAGAAUGGUUCGCUCAGUACUUCUCCUUCUGACUUUUGCAAUUAAAGAGCAUGUCGACCAAACCAAACAAAAAAAGACAAAAAAAAAAAGAUAUUAUUUAACAAAGCAUCCUUUCAUUGAUUUUUUUUUCUCCCCACUGUGAAUGGGUUUCUUGUUUUUACAGUGAUGAUAGAUAUGUUUGACAUUUCAUUUACUGCAGUUUCUAUAGAGUGGUGCAUACGCUGCUAAUUACUAUUUGUUAAAAGAGAGAAAAACACCAACAACAGUAUUGUCUCCUCUGUAUCUAAUUUUAGAAUGCCACCGUAAUGACUUUGUUACAGCUGCAUUAUCAAUUUUGGUAGGAUUAAACUGUUUGUAUGGAUGUCUCAACACAGAAAUAAUGAUGUCUCACUAAUUUUAAAAUAAAUGCAUAUUUUAUAUUUAUAUUACUGGUGUAUGCGUAAGAAUAAAUAAUUAUUGUGACAUUUAAUGAAGUGUGUCUGUUAUGUGAGUGAACUUUUACUGUUCAAGGAACCAAAAGCAAAGAACAUAUGAUUUAAAAUGCAUGUAUUUUCAUAAACAUCAACACAUAUUGCUCUGAAACAAGGAAA